CAGCAGCUGUGCUGAUGUUUGGGCUAUUGGGACAAUCGCAAUCGAAUCUCUUGGGGUCAAACUUUUCAUGCCAAUCGGGAGUGUGGAAGAGAUUGCAGAAAAAAUUGCCCAAAACGGACCAGCGAAAGUUGUCUUGGAACAAAUCAAGACUGUGCUCAAGAACUUUGGUCAAAUCUCUAAUGGAUGGCCAAGCAGAGUUGAGAAAGAUUGGGGAGCAAUCAGCAUACCCAACUUCACAAAAUUAACGAAAUCGAUGGUUGAGCGGAGACCUGAGGAUCGACCAAUCGUCGAAAGUUGUCUAAAGGAUCCAUUCUUGAUAGAGUGCAAUGUGAAAUACGAGAGGCUCGAAUUGCAAAUGAAUCAUGAGACGAGGAUACAAAAGAUACGAAAAGAGACUCUCGCUGAGAUUGAGAGAUUUGGUGGUUCAAGAAGUUUGCUGAGGAUUUUAGAGUCUGAUUCAAGAGUGGCUAGGCCAACUUGGAACACUACAGCUCUAGCAAGGCUGAGCGGCGACGAGUCUCCAGUUUUCGACAAAGAUGAUCUCUUGGCCCCACCAGCCGUUUCUUUUACACCCACAAAUUCACCG